AUUCCCAAGUGCAAUCGUGUCGUAGAAAAUCUCAAAAAAUUACUUUUUCUUUUAAAAACAUAUUUAAAACAGUUUUCAAAUAUACCCAUAGUUAAAAAAUCAAUUGAAAUCAAUUUAUUAGAUAUUUUUUAAUCCAACUUCAAUUCAAUUCAGUGCGAAAAAGACCAAAUUUCCAAAGAAAACAACAGAAUUAAAAACAUAAUAUAAGGUGGACUGAUUGUCAUACUGAACAUUACACUUGUUAUACAAAUUAUUUUGUUUUCUAAUUCAUCUUUUUUUGUUUUAAAUUAAAAUGUCGAUUGUUUAUUUAACGUUUGUGCUUGGAUUAGAUGCUUAAAUUAAACGUGUAAUAUUAGUGAACAUUUGGAUAGGAUAUCACAAUCUAAGCAAAAACAAAUGGCGACAUCACCACGUUCUGCAGACACAAUAUCGUUAUGCUCAACGGUAUCAAGUUGUCCCGAUCGAAAUGGUUUCUAUGGAGGCUUCCAACGUACAGAUAAACCAAAAGAACCUCUUUCCAAAGCACAAAUUCUGGCCCGCGAAAAGAAAUGGAUACACAUGACUGAGAAUUGGUCUAUUUAUAUGUCAAAAAAUUAUAAAAAGAUAAGAGAACGCUGUCGCAAAGGAAUUCCCAAAUCAGUAAGACCAAGAGCAUGGUUUUAUCUCUCUGGAGCUUAUUUAUUAAAAAAGAAACACGGUAAUCUUUAUGAGACCCUCUUACAAAAACCAGGAAAUCCGCAAGUCAUCGAAGAAAUCAAAAGAGAUAAACACCGACAAUUUCCCUUUCAUGAAAUGUUCCUAGACGAAGAUAAAAUUGGCCAAAUUGAAUUGUUUAAUGUGUUGAAAGCAUAUUCCAUAUACAAUCCAAAAGUUGGAUUCUGUCAAGCUCAGGCGCCAAUUGCAGCUUUUUUACUCAUGCAUAUGCCAGCUGAAGAUGCCUUUUGGGUUUUUGUUAGCGUGUGUGAUGUAUAUUUAGAAGACUAUUUCAUGUCUGGCUUGGAAGUUCUUCAAAACGACGCUGCCAUUCUUGAGGGUCUAUUAAAGAAAACCUUCCCUUCUGUCUAUCGGCAUUUACAAAAACACAAAAUCGAACCACUGCUUUAUAUGACUGACUGGUUUCUAUGUGCAAUGACACGAACGCUUCCAUGGGAAACUCUCUUACGUGUUUGGGAUUGUUUCUUAGCCGAAGGAAUUCGCGUAAUUUUCAAAGUAGCGCUCGUUCUGCUUGGUGCAUCACUUGGCAGGCAAAAGGUUCGCAAACAAUGCAAUGGUCUUAUAGAAACACUAGAAGUCCUUAAAUCCCUACCAGAAAAAGUUCUCGAAGAGGAAUUUAUUUUAAAUAAUAUCCAGCGAUUGAAUCUUACAGUUCAAGAUUUUGAAAUUGAACAUACGCGUCAGAAACAAAAACGAGAAAAAAUGCGAAAAUUAGAACAACAGCACGAACAACAAGCGAAUGGUGGAGGAGGGCCGAAAUAGAUCUAGAAAAAUAUGUUGUUGUGGGAUAGGAUACACAUAUAUAUACACACAUACACAUACACUAAUUAUUAGUAGAUAACUUUUUUCUAUCGAAUAAUUUACAAUUUAUUUAUAUAUAAAAAAGAGAAAAAGAAAAACACUUACACCAUAAACAUUUUAUGCACAUAGUAAUCGCACAAAAAAUCAAUAUUUGCCAAACUAAUAUCUAAAAGAGAAUAAGUCAAUUAUCUGAAACCAAUGAAAACCUAUUCACUUUUGAUUUGGAAUUCGAUAGGAAAAAUAAGGCACUUUUUAAAAUUUGAAACCACCUUCAAUCAGUUCGAAAUAUUACUUGAAUUCUUAUUUCUAUUAUUUUUUUUCCAUUGAACAAUGUUCAUAAAAUGUAUCAUCUGGGUUUCAACGUUUACCCUUAAUAUAUAGCCCACAAUUUUUAUAAGCCUUAUUUGAGUCCCCUGAAUCACAGAGUUUGACAACAAAAAAAAAAGAUAAAUUGAAACGAAUUCAAAUGUAUAUUUCUAUAAAAUAACACCAUUUAUUGAUCGAUCAUUUCUGCUGGUUUGUUAAAAAUUAAUGUUUGACCCUUAUGUAAACCUAUAUAUUUCCAAAGUAUUUUAAAACUAUGGAAGCUUCAUAGCUGGUCUUCAAAUUGACAAUCAAUUGAUUUCUACAAAUGUUUUUUCCCUUUUUUCGCUUGAAAGUUCUAAAUUUCAAGAGACACAAUUUAUUCUCCUGAAAUUAAGUAUCAAAGUUUACCCAAACAUACUAAGAGCCAUCAUUUCGGUGUCAAAUCUACUUGUCUAUGAUUUCCAAAAGGUUUUGAUUCAAUCGUGCUAAUCAAUCAAAAACCACCUGAUGUAAAUUAAAAUAACUAAAACUAGAAUUCUUUCUUAAUUAACAAAGACUUUGAUGAUUAGCUAGCUAUAAACAACCGACCCGAAAUGUUAUAAAACUAUUCAUUUGAAUAAAAAGGCUCUUCUGUUCUUGAAGCAGAUAAUAACACAUACUUUUGUUGAAUUCUUGAAAUUAAGUUUUAAGGUUUUUCUAAUUCUUCGUUAGUGUCUCAGUCUUUCUUUUAAUUUUAACAUCAACAUUUGUUAUUUUUAUUAUCAUACAAAAAUAUAAUUUUGUUAAUAAUAUUGUCUUCUGUAACAAACUUGAAUUGCAGCUUUUGUUUAUAAUUAAGUUCAUAUAUAAUACAUAAAUAUUAAAAUGAAGUGUUUAUAAUUUUGUGUUAAAAAAAAUAAUAAUUUAAAUCAUAUCAUUAAUAUAGUAGAUGAUAAAUUUAAGUUUAGUAAAAAUAUUUUAUGUAAUCGUUUUUUUUUUAUUUAUUCGGCUUCAAGUUGAAAUUGAAUUAUUAUUAUUAUUUUAGUUUUAUUUUGUUUUUGUAAAUAGUAUUGAACUACAUUUUCUUUCUCUAUUAUGCACCAUUUAUAUUGAUAACAAUAUUGCAUUUUUUACUAAUUUAUUUUGUUUUAUAUUUAAUAAAAAAAAUAAUAAGAAACACAUUAAAGUAUUAUUCAAUCCCAGAUUAAAAAAAAAACAACAACAAAAAUGUAAAACACAGUACAACCUUUCAAUAAAUUAUGUAAAAAAAAAGAAAAAAAAACAAAGAAUAAUUAACAUAAAUUAAAAACAAAAAAAAAAACAUAUCUUCCAUCAUCAUUCCAUUGCCUAGUUAUUAAUUAAAAAAUAAAUUAAAACAAACAUUUCAAUCA